AUAAGCGCCUAUUCACAAACAUUAUGGGGUGAAGUGCAAAAAGAAGAAACGACACUUAAUGGCUUCGCAGAAGCAACAUAUACGGCUUGUGCUGCAAUAGCAAUAAUGUUGAUGAAUAUGAUAUCAAUCGACUGGGACAAAUGGGGCGAAGCGGCUUUGGUAUUAAUUUCAAGUAUUGAUUGCGCUGUAUUGUUGUUCUUUAGCCAAGCUCAAACAAUCUACGUGAUGUAUAUUUGCUACAUUAGCUAUCGCACACUCUAUCAAGUGAUGAUAACUAUUGCGCAGUACGUUCUUCUAAAGGAUAAGGCUAAAUGCAUUAAAAUUGCUCUUUUUUCUUGUUCGAUCGAUAAAAUCAUUAUUCAGCCAAGUAUCUUUCGUUAUCAUGAUUAUAUAUCAUAA